GGCUGUAACCUCUCAGGGAACAUCUGUCCACUUCUGUCCUCAGUUCUCAGCUCUCAGUCCUCCAGUCUGACAGAACUGGACCUGAGCAACAACGACCUGCAGGAUUCUGGACUGAAGCAGCUGUGUCCUGGACUGGAGAGUCCACACUGUAAACUGGAGUCUCUCAGGCUGUCAGGCUGUCUGAUCUCAGAGGAAGGAAGUUCUUCUCUGGUCUCAGCUCUGACCUCCAAUCCCUCCCACCUGAGAGAGCUGGACCUGAGCUACAACCAUCCAGGAGAGUCAGCAGGGAAGCUUCUGUCUAGACUGGAGGAUCCCCGCUGGAGACUGGACACUCUCAGGGUGGAGCCUGCUGGACAACGAUGGCUGACACCAGGUCUGAGGAAGUAUUCCUGUCAACUCACCAUCGACACAAACACAGUCCACAAGGACAUCAAACUGUCUGAUGACAACAGGAAGAUGAUGUUUGUGGAGAAGUAUCAGUCAUAUCCUGAUCAUCCAGACAGGUUUGAUGUCUAUCAGCAGCUGCUGUGUAGAGAAGUUCUGACGGGUCGCUGUUACUGGGAGGUCCAGUGGAGCGAAUGGGUUUCUGUAUCAGUGAGUUACAGAAGAAUCAGCAGGAGAGGAGACUCUGAUGACUGUAGGUUUGGAGGAAACGAUCAUUCCUGGAGUCUGGACUGUUAUCCAGGUGAGUACCAUGUCCUUCACAAUAAAAGACCAACAUCCACCACCUCCUCAUCUCCAUGUCCAGACUCUGGCAGAGUAGCAGUUUACGUGGACGUUCCUGCUGGAACUCUGUCCUUCUAUGAAGUCGUCUCUGACAGACUGAUCCACCUCCACACCUUCAACACCAGCUUCUCUGAACCUGUCUCUGCUGGAUUUGGAUUCUGGUUCAGUCCUGGUUCCUCAGUGUCUCUGUGUCCAGUUUAGUCUCCAGAGUCUCCGGUCAGAGAAACUGUCUCUGUUGGAUCCUGGACUUGGACUCUGGUUCUGGUUCCUCAGAGUCUCCAUGAUGAUGAAGAUGAUGAUGAUGAUGAUGAUGAUGAUCAUGAUGAUGAUGAUGAUGAUGAUGAUGAU